CCGCGGGCGCGCGGCGAGCGCGACCCCGCCAUGGCGGCCUGGACGUGCUGCCGGGUGGCCGCCGUGUCCUGCCUGGUGCUCUGCGUCUCCCUCCUCCUGCCGCGCACCUUCCUGCCCCGGGCCGGCGGCAGGCAGGAGCCCGGCGCCGCGCCGCCCGAGGGGAAGCUUGGUCGCUUUCCUCCGAGGAUGCAUUCCCACGCCAUUCCCGACAGCCGAGCUGUUCCUCAUUUUCCAAGGUCUCACCUUACUGAAGCAGUUGCCAAAGCCAAGGCAGGUGGAGGUGGUAGUGGAAGCACUGGUGGAACUGGGAGAGGUCUUGUGGGACAGAUUAUCCCUAUAUAUGGAUUUGGCAUCUUCUUAUAUAUCCUGUACAUUUUAUUUAAGCUGGCUUCCAAGGGAAGAACCACUCCUGCAGAGCGGAAAUGCCCUACUGCUACACCUGGGAACAUGAAGAGGAAAAUCACUGACUAUGAACUCACUCAGCUCCAGGAAAGACUGAGAGAGACAGAAGAAGCUAUGGAAAAAUUAAUCAACAGAGUAGGACCUAUGUAUGACAGCAGGACCCAAAAUGUUACGACAGACCAGGAAAAAACGUUACUUCAGCAACUCAGAGAAAUUACUAGAGUUAUGAAAGAAGGAAAAUUCAUCGAUGACAUCUCUCCCGAGAAGGAAGCUGAGGAAGCUCCUUACAUGGCAGAUUGGGAAGGUUAUCCAGAAGAGACCUAUCCUGUCUACGACAAUUCUGAUUGCUUCAAGCGCAAGCAGGACACAAUCCUUGUAGAUUACCCUGACCUGAGCCAGCCCUCUCCAGAAGAGCUGGCAGAAAGAAUGGAGGGCAUGGAAGACGAGGAGUAUCCUUAUGAUGAAACCCUGCUAAGUGAUCUCACCAUGGGAAUGGGUGGUCAGGAUUUAAUGCAGACAAAGGAUGAGGUAACUCUCAUCAGUGAGGAGAAGAGUGACCUUCCUUGCAGCCAGAGCGCCGGGGAGUGCUGCUGUUGCUGCGAUGAUGAUCCUGCUGUCGUAGCAGAGAAUGCUGGAUUCCACUCGGAGAGCUGUAGUGAAGUAGAAGAGACAAGCCAAGAGGACCUGUCUGUGGAGUCAGAAAAUGAAAAUGCAGCACUGGAAAAGCAAAAAGUCAGUGAGUCAGAGGAGACAGGCACACUGAGAAAGCGCAACACCAAAGUACUGGAUUGAUAGGGACAACAGUGGAUGCUAUCCAGCUGGUAAAGAUAGAGGUCAUAAACUGUCAUCCAUGUGGUUUUUGUUCCCAGUGAAGACUUCUCUGUGUUCAUCUCCUUGUACCUAUUGCAUUCUCGUGGUACCAGUCACAUCAUCUGCCUGAACUGGAAGCCCGUGCCCUCUUUCAUGCACUCAUCAUGGGUUACCAUGAUGUUGCCAACAGUGCUUUGUCCUUGAUUUUUGAAACCUUUUAUUUUGGAGCAGAUAUUUGUGACUCGUUCCUUUUCCAUUCUGAAGGAGCUGUCCUUGGUUUUGCCCUUUGUCAUCCCAGAGUUAGCCAAAUGUCUCUUCUGACUUUUUCAAAAACAUCUGCGUGCUAUCAGUUAGGAGAGUUAAUCAAAUCCUUAUAUAUGCAUGAGUUUACUGGGAUGCUGAAGGACAAAAUAUGCCUUCUUUCUCUUAGCUGAAUGUUAACUGGUCGGCAGAGCAGGUCAUAGUCACACACGUGACUCUCUCAACUCUGUCAUUGUUCUCUACACUUGAGAAACUGCUGUCACUACAAUCCACAAAGCUCCUAUGCUACCCCACAGCCCCUUUCCCAGCUAUUCCGUGUUGUUGGAGUGGUAGUCUAAUCCAUGUUGUGUUACUUGUGUGAGCAAGACUGAAGCUCUGUGAGUUGUGCUUUAACUUUGCCUUAGCUGUGGUGAAAUUCCCAGAUGACUGCAGGAAGUGGACCACAACAUGUGAGAGCACUAAAAAUAUCCCUAGAGACUAAAACCAAAAAACUGGUGUUAAGGUUUGUCUAUAAAGGAGAGAACAGCGUGAGGGGGACCCUCAGACUGAAGGUAGCAGGUAGGCUUUUCCUUCUUCCUGGAAACCUGCAGGCUUUUUAUGCUCCUGGAAUGUUGUUGGCACCGUCUUGUUGAGGCAACCCCAGGUAUGGGAUGAGGAGGGUGCUGGAGCCAAGGGCUCCUGAGAGGAGGUGGUCGGCGGUCCCUGUGCCCAAGGGACAGCCUUCCUUGUACAAGCAGCAUGGCAGGCAGGAUGGGCCCCAGGAAAGGGGCCCUCAGCCCCCAUGACCCUCCUCCUUGUCCUGUAUCUGGGCAUUUCUCAGGCCACAGGCCCACAUAACCCCAUGUAUUGGGCCACACUCCAUGGCCCAGCCACACUGGCUGUUUGUGAUGUCACCAGUCCCUGAGUGCCCCAGCACUACAGAAGCAGGGCCCUCUGCAGCUGCUCCCCUCCCCACCCAGCUCCGAGGCCCUUGAUGAAUGUCUGGAAGGAAGAACAGCCGGAGCAGCGAGGCGGGUGGCAGCCCACCUUUGUAAGGGACGGCAGCUGGGCCCCUUCCAGUGAUGGCCAAAGAGGAAGGCAUGUGCCAGGAGGAGGCUGAGGAGACAGUGGAAGAGGAGGAACACAACCACCCCUCUGCCAUGAGUGGCACCACCUUCAGUUCCCUGGUCAUGGCCAUGCAGAGCUUGGCUCUGUGCCCACCAGGGAACGCUGUGCAGCCCAGGGACAUCAGCCUGCCAGGGAGCAGCCGGAGCAGUGAGCUGGCUGGCCGCCCACCCUUGCCUGGGACAGCACAGAGACACAUCCGGCAGUGGCCAAACAGAGAGUUGCUUUCCCUGGGCCUGAGAAAUGGCAAUCGACAGUGCAGGAGGAGGAGGAGGAGGAGGGGGAGGACGAGAAGGAGGAGGAGGAGCAUCAGCCCUUGCACCAUGAGAGCCAUUGCCAACAUGGAAGGGACAAUAUCCCGCGCUUGCCUCCAGGAAUUCUGGCGGCUCAAAAUCCGCGCCUGCAUGACUGAAAAAUAAGCAACAAGACAAGGAUGAAAACGCCGUCAUCCUCCUUAUUUGGUACUUUGGCGACAGCAUCUGUGCUCCCGUGACCCCUUAAGUAGGAGCAUGUUUUAGAAACUUUAGAAACUUUCCUUUUUAGAAGCUUUCAUGCCCACAUCCUGCUUUGCUGGUGCCACCUUACAUGCUGGGGUUUUUUAGGCUGUAACAUCAACAAUUUGAGACUAGGUUUUUUAAACAGUAAAAUGAUCAUAAUGAAGGCAUGGAGCCCUAGGAAUUUCUUCUUUGCAAAUGUGCUAAGUAAUAUUAAUGGAGUCCCAGCCUCCACAUGGGGCCUGUCCUGCUGGCUCACCUGCUCCAUCUCCCAGCAUCAACAAUUGUUUUGUUGAUUGCCAUGCAUGAUACGAGCCCUUCCUUCCUAUCUCCUACCCCCACCCUUCCUGGAUCUCCUCUGCUCUGAGCCAGAGGGAAAGGACAUGAACUGACUUGGCUUCCACCAGGCUGCUGUACUGAGGUGACAGGAGUUGUCCCCAAGAGGGCCACUGAGGUUCCUGGGGUCUGGAGGUGGGGUUAUUUCAGUCUGAGGACAACAACAUUCCCUGAUGGAGAGUGAAGCCAGCCUUGCAUGACGAGUAUUAGCAGACCAAGGCAAGAAUGUAGACAGCUGUGUCCUUGGAGAAGCAGCAGAUGCCAGUUCAGCCAGGAAGAAGUGCUGGCCUUCACAUGGAGGUCCCUUCUAGCUGCUUCAUAAGAAAUUCCUUUCAAUGUUGGGAAAUAAAUUUUAAAAAAACAAACCAAUAAACCAAAAAAAAUAACAACAAAAA